AUGUGUGGCUGGAAUAAUGAUCUUAACAGCUGGAACUAUCGCUGGACACUUGCACGCGAACCGUCUGCCGCAGCGUCCUCUCCUCGACUUUAUCCAUCUUCGGUGAACGAAUCGUACUGUUGCUUUUCGGUGAAACAAACCGAGAUGGCAUUGAACUCUCCUGUAAUGACCGAUGACUAUUCAGCUUGGCUAGUCACUCCUCGCCCAGCUAGAGUCCAACUACCACAAACGAUGGACUCUGAGAGUGUUCUUCAGUCCCGUCUUUGGAGUCCAGCAAUUCCCGGCACCAUGCAGUUGAAGUGUCUGGCUUUCAGUUUUCAUAUCAAACUUGGUCGUGCCAUCAAGGAAAAACUACCAGUGGAUCCCAUUCAUGUGUGCUCGUUCCAGUCUGAUACUUGUGGUUGGACGAACGACCCCAACAGUUGGAAACAUAGAUGGGAAUUGGACAGGUUGUCAGUUGACGAUGACCAAGCUCUUUGCCUAUCGUCGGUUUCGAAAUUCUCAUCGGGUCCGAUAUCCAUGGCGUCACCUUGGGAUUUCGCUUCGGAUGAAAUGGAAGCAAACCGUCCGGCACAUUCGGGUCCCAUUCAAGCUCGUCUUUGGAGUCCACCAAUUCAGAAGCGUCAUAAGCUAGGUUGUCUCACAGUGCUUUAUCAAAUUCACGGUAGUCCAGCUACUGCUAUUGUUGAUGGGACACAGAAGCCAGAUGCGAGCCUUGAUCGACUCGGCUUGGCUCUUUUGAGGCGUCAAGAAGGAUUCACAGUGAACGUUUCGUUCCUUUUCUCAGAGAUUACUCCGAUUCACGUGUGUACUUUCGCAUCCGAUACAUGUGGCUGGACAAACGAUCAAAACAGCUGGAAACAUAGAUGGGAAUUGGAUCCGAUCUCGUUCGGAAAAAAUCAAGCCCUUUGCCUGUCGUCAGUAUCACAAGUUCCAACUUCAGUCGCAUUGCCGUGGGCAGUUUCCGCGGACGAAGCGGUGCUGGACGCCUUGCACCAUUCGAGCCCUAUUCAGGGUCGUCUUUGGAGUCCGCCGAUACAAAAACGCCAUAAGUUGGGGUGUUUCGCGUUCCUUUACCGAAUUGAUUCGAAAUCUCAUAUUGUCAGUGGGAUACAGGGAACGGAACAGAGCGAUCCUCUUCCGGGUUUGGCUGUUUUGAGUCGACAAGAGGGGUGA